UCUUUCAAUUUCUCUCACUUCUUCUUCUUCAUUCCAUUGCCAACCAAACCACAACUUUCUAAGAAGUUCAUCAAUGGAGAAUUUGGAGUCAUGUGUACCACCAGGCUUUAGGUUUCACCCAACUGAUGAAGAACUUGUUGGGUAUUAUCUGGAAAGGAAGAUCAACGCACAGAAGAUUGACUUAGAUGUGAUUAUUGAUAUCGACCUCUACAAAAUGGAGCCAUGGGACAUCGAAGGUAAUUGUAAAUUUGGCCUCGAAGAACAGAAGGAGUGGUAUUUCUUUAGUCAUAAAGACCGAAAGUACCCGACGGGAAGUCGAACAAACCGAGCUACAAGUGCGGGGUUUUGGAAGGCCACAGGGAGGGAUAAGGCCGUUGUUUCAAAGAAUAGAGUGAUUGGGAUGAGAAAGACAUUGGUGUUUUAUAUAGGACGAGCUCCUAACGGCAGAAAAACUGAUUGGAUUAUACAUGAAUAUCGUCUCCAAACCUCUCAACUUGCACCUACUCAGGAAGAAGGUUGGGUGGUAUGUAAAGCAUUCAAAAAGCCAAACCCUAAUCAAAGCCAAGGCAUUGGAGGUUGGAACAAUAAUGGGUAUCAUAAUCAAAAUCAAGGGUAUUAUGAUCUAAAAAACAACCCUCAAUUUGUUAGGUCCCUUGCCUUUUCAGAUGGCAUGACUCCAACCCACAUGCUCAAUUCCUCUUGUUUGGAGUAUCAACAUUUUGUCCCAAACAACAAUCAUUCCUCUUGUUUCGACAUAAACCAACUCAUCCAACUCCCGAGUCUCGAAAGCCCGAUGCUGUCGCCUAGCUUUGACACUAACGAGACGAAGAGAAAUCACGAUGUAAUGUCGCCUUCUUCUUCAUACCCUAAUUUUUUCCCAAACUAUUGAGGUGCAACCACAGAACCAUUGUGGAUUUGGUAACUUUUGUUGACUUUUGUAAUCAUAUAAUAUGAAAGCAAAGG